AUCAACCUAUGUUACAAUCAAACAAUCUACGACAGUUUGCUGAUUAUAUCCAUGGAAAAGGGGCACCCCUAGAUAAUUGUUUUGGUUUUAUCGAUGGAACUGUUCGUAGAAUUGCUAGGCCUAAAACAAAUCAAAGAAUUGUCUAUAAUGGUCAUAAGAGAGUUCACGCACUAAAAUUUCAAAGUAUAGUAGUUCCAAAUGGUAUGAUAGCAAACUUAGCUGGUCCGUUUGAGGGUAAAAAACAUGAUAGCACUAUGUUAUGCGAAUCUGGUUUAUUGCAACAGUUGCAGCAGUUUGCAUGGCAUGAUGGGCGUCCUUUAUGUUUAUAUGGUGAUCCAGCCUAUCCAAUUGGAGUACACCUCUUAGCACCAUACAGAAGUUUGAAUAUUACCCCAGACCAACAUGCAUUUAACAAAGCUAUGAGUGCACAUCGUGUUAGUGUUGAGUGGGUAUUUGGUUUAAUGACAAAUUAUUUUAAAUUUAUAGAUUUUAAACAGUCUCAAAAACUUGGCUCAAGUCCCAUUGGAAAAGUGUAUAUUGUAUGCUCAUUAAUACAAAAUGCACACACUUGUCUUUAUGGGAACAUUGUUUCAGAUUAUUUUGGUUUGGAAGCUCCCUCACUACAAGAGUAUUUUCAAUAAUUCAAUAUCGAUAAGAAAUUAUAAUGAUAAACUUAUUAAAAAGUAUGCCUGUUGUAAAUCUUAUAGAUUAUUGAAAAUAUUGCUAAACUUUCACGAUUCUUUAAAAUAUAAAAAGAUAG